AUGAAAAUCAAUGCAAAAACUGCCAUCUGCUGGUGAAAUAUAGGCAACAACAAAAACACAGCACGCAGCCACUUUGAACAGCACUUCCAACAUGGCAAACUUACAUAAAGCCGCACAUAUUAUACAAUAUUAUGCACGCUAGGGAUAAACAUAAAGGGGUCCGUUGAUUGAAAAAAAAUCUAUAUUUUUUUUUUUUAUGUUUUAUAUAGAGAUUUGAGAACGGGUGUAUUGAAGCUUGACAUCAUUUCGUCUGCGUAAAUGUUAUACAGGCGCCCAAACCAAGCCGCGUAAGAGCAGUUUGACCGAUUUACAGAUCGCGUGCCAACAAACCGCUUCUCGUGACAGCGGGACAGAUGCUUCUCAGGCAAAUGCUGCGUUCACUGCAGGAAGUACAGCUCGGCAGCUCGGCGCAUGCUCUCGUGCCUAUUUAACAAGCGGAGGAUGCAUUAUUUCGUGCUGUAAAACGUUGGCAGCUCUGUGGGGACGGGUGAUGGCUGGUGCCGAGAUCACUGUGUCUUCAGGGCAACUCAUGAUGGUGAAGAAAGAGGAGGGGGAGUGCAGUGGCAACAACCAUAAGACUCAAGUCAUCCUGCAUCUGCAAAGGCUAAAUGAUGACAUUGCAGACACUGGCACAACCGUCCUAGCCAUUGAGACUCAUCAAGAUGACAGUCAAGCCGAGGGAGACGAGAUUGAGUAUGGCUACCCCAUCACAUGUGGAGACAGCAGGGCGGUGCUGCUGUUUAAGAAGUUUGUGUGCCCUGGAAUCAAUGCCAGAUGUGUCAAAUUUAAUGACCAGCUCAUCAGUCCUAAGCAGUUUGUACACCUGGCAGGAAAAGCCACUCUGAAGGACUGGAAGAGAGCCAUCAGACUGGGGGGGGUUAUGCUCAGGAAAAUGAUGGACUCUGGCCAGAUAGAUUUCUACCAGCAUGACUCCGUGUGCAGCAACACCUGCCGCAGCACUAAAUUCGAUGUGCUGAUCAACAGCACGCGACCUCCUCCGGGGACCGCGGUGCAGCCGAGCCUGUCGUGUCUGGCUCUCGACCCUGUUGGAGGACAGGUGCCUCCCUUGACAGGUGAUGUUCACAGUGCAGAAGUAGAGGAGCCCUCAGAGGAUAAGUUUAAUUCAUCAGCAGAGUGGAGUAAUGGUCGACCCCAGCUUGUAAAUCCCACAAUAGCCAAUGGACAUUCUGCCAAGCGAAAGAGGGCCGACACACCUGGUGGGGUACUGGGUCUGUGGAGGGCCGUAGCCGACUCGGGGCUCAUGGGGGAGGUCCUGUCCAGUCUUAAGACUGAAAUGUUAACCACUUUUCAAGGAGUUGAGCUUCGCAGUGAGAAGGCAAACCUGCAAGAGACGGAUGCCCUCGUACUUAAUUCCUUGUGUGAGAUGUUUGGGCUUUUAGACUCAGUGAAACAAGCUCUGGGCCUGAAGCACAGCCAGAAUGAAGAGAGCAGAAUCUAUAACAGUGUUUACGGGUUGGAUGAUAUCUUGGAGGAUCAGAGGAAGCAGAGUUGCUCUAAAAGCAGAUCUUACAAAACUUCAAACACCUUAAAACAUCUUCGACUUCAGCGUCAAAUGCAGUCAAACAGGCGUACCCAGAACUUCCUAACCUCCAUUAAGAGGAGCACAGUGAUCCACCCACUCUCUGUUACUGGUUUAUGCGCUGCAUCCUAUGACCAGCUCUUCCUGCAUUCUUCUGCCUUUACGGGCCAGCGUCAGCAUGCCAGAACUGGCAGGGCGGACAGAGAUGGCCAAAGUGGCACACCGAAGAGGGAUCAGGAUAUCAACCAAGAGAGGGUUCACCAGCCGAAACAGAAGGUCACCUCAGGGAUGAACAAAGACACUGGACAGAGGACAGUAAAGCUUCUGGGAGAGUCCCACAUUAGAAAUAAGAAGGUGGAGGAGACAGAAGACUGAGACGAUUAUGACAGAGAGAAAGACUUUAAAAAAAAAAGAGUGGGACAACGGAAUUCUGUGGGAUUAAAGAGGCAAUGUGCAAAAGACUAAAAGACACUAAAGAAAGUGUGGCAUAUUGUUUUGCUGGAGUGUGCUGUCAUGGUGCUUCGUCUGCAACAUUUUCAAGCAGGUGGUAUAUGACAAAUGACAGCCACACAAAGUCUGGGACUCAGGAAUACCAAGAAAAACUUUGCAUCGUAAGAAGAUGGUUGCUUUCACUGACCUUUCCUGGCUGUGCUUGUAAUAGUCUGGCUGCCUGGUGUAUAAACAACAGUUGGUGGAGUUGUUGUUACAGCAGGGUUACAGUCGCAGAUCCAAGCUGUGCUCGGUUUGCCUCCAAAGUUACACUGGGACACAAACCCACAGAAGUUUUAUUAAAGCAGCUAUCAUCUCACAGGGCAGCCAUGUUGGAUUUUGAGAGGAUGGUUAGUGAAACUCCUGCAACUUUCUGAGUUGUGAGUCCAGUUUAGUGGAGCAUCUCAGUUGAUUUUAACAACUGGGAUCUCAGAAGUUCCAGCUUCCCUGUUAAAUUGGAAUAGCACUGUCCUUGCAUAAUAAUAUGGUUUUAGAUACAUUUUUCUAACAUUUUAUCAACUUAAAAUAUAGAAGAACUCAAGUUGACCAGGUGUUUCAAUGAUUAAUCUAUCAGACAUUUAAUCUGUUUUCUAAUCCAUCCUUUGUGUUGUGGUUUGUAAAAUUUACAGUUUUGCAGUAUGAACAUGUGACUUUGAGCUUUGAGGAUUUACUACAGACACUAUUUGUUAGUAUUUUUAAAAUAACUUUGUGUUUAUACCCUAACAACUAAGUGAGAUAAUCAAGCUGGCUAUGAAAAUGAUCACCAGCUGCAACACUAAAGCACAGACUUCUUUCUUGUCUUGUGGUGGCAGAGCUCUGUGUAAGUUUCUCUAAAUGUCAGGUUAAAGAGGUCUGAAAGGAGGAUGUCUGAUUCUAUCUUAAACUCUUUGAUAAUGACAUUUUAUUUUACCUAAGAGGUGCUGACCUCUUUAUCAAUUAAAAAAAUCAAGUAUUUAUAGCUUAAAUGUUCAUUUUGUAGGUUAAGAUUAUCAUUUCAAUGUUGGUAGGCUUUGACUUAAUUGUGCAUGAGACGAGCUUUAGAUCUGUGCACCAUGAACUCAUUACCUGAGGAAUAGAUUCUAUUUUUACAGUAUGAGAACAAUGUGUAAAAGUGACAGAACUGUUGCCUGUUGCUUUAUGCAGGAUAAUUUUUAUUUAUGUGCUACAUAUUAAAUUCUUUAUUAAGUGUUUAUUGUAUUAAAAUAUAAAAGGGAAUGAUAUGCUGUGAUCAAGUGUGAUUUCAAAAGGUCCCAAAGGUGUAAAAUGACCUUGUUAGUUAAUGAUUCUGUGUUUAAGCUCGUCUUUAAAGACUAACUUGACACUACUCAGAUUAUUGAUUGUUUUAAUGUCAGAUGGUUGAUGAAAUCGUAUGAUGUUGGUAGUCUUAUUGACAGCACAGACAGGAAGAAAAAUCAGUGUCGUUGGCCAAUAAAUUUCACACAUGGGUCAAUGUUAUUUGAAAUGUAUUAUUGGUUUUAAUCUGAGACAUUUAAUUAAUUUCCUCAUAUAGUCAGACUCUGUAACACUGUGAUGUUUCCUUGUAGUUCAACAGCAAAAACUCUUCAGGGGAGAAAACUGCUGCCCUCUGGGUUUAUCCUACAGCCAUGUUUGACUUCCAGUAUCAUGACAAUCACAAAUGUCAAUCAUUUCCUAUAAGACAGCUAAUGGAAAUUGUGUUUUUGUUUUGAAGCAGCUGUGAUUUCCUGUUCGUUUUAAGCGCCCUGCUGCAUGCACAGGCCAUGUGAUAGACAGUGAUGGGUUGCCUUUGAUAUCUUCUCUCAGAACUGGAAUGAUAUGUUUUUAUGAAUUCAUACACAACGCCGCCCGUGCAGAUGUAGCUGUUUGUUAGGGCUCAUGAGUGGCAGCCGAUGAAAUGUCUGAUAUGAUGACUGUGAUCACAGUGCAGCUCUCAACAUCAUCGCAGACACCUGUCCUGCUGUUGGAAUUGAACAGUACAACAUCCUGUUAGUGCUAAUUAAAGUAUCAUACAGUUGAACACAUUCCAGUCAAGAUGCUCCAUUUGUUUAAAUAAAUUGCUACCCUGUGCCUUGAAUACCAGGGCUAAAAAGUAUGUGCCAUGCAUCAGACAGGUGUAAUUACAGGUGUUAUCGUGACUUACGUUGUGCCCCUUUGGUUAAAUUGAAUAAUUUGCUGUGUGAUGCAUUGUUCACAUGUCAUUCAGGGCUAACAACAUUACAUUCUGCAGAGUGCACUCAUGUUGGAAGCAUUAUAGGUUUGUAUUUGGUUUCCUAUAAUUUAAUCCACAGCUUUAAUGUCCACACACAAAAACAAAAUGAACAAUGAAUUGCCUGCAUAAUGGCAUUUGGAUCCAAUUGAGUCCCAGAGCCACAGAUGAAUGUGU